GCCUUGCUUGGGCGGUUUGCCUGGGCGGCGUGCUGGGAGACGGCCAGAAAAACACGCGGUGCAGUCAGAAAAAACACACGCGCCGUGCAGCGCUGCGCGUCAUGCAGCCUCUUCGCAGCAAGCCACCCGCGACUCAUGGGUGCCGACGAGUGGGCCGGGGCGCCUGCUGCGGGCCAAGCGUUUUGGCUGCACACUUCGCGGAGACGACCCGCCCGACGACGACCUCACAGUUCACAAUCCCGCCCACUGCACCGCAGUGACUGACGCCCGCCAUGUUCGCCGACCCCGCCACGUCGCUGUACUGGCCGCCGGACGUCGCCCGCUACGACAUGGAGACGCUGCUGUUCUCGUCGUCGGGCUGGCUGCGCACCGCCUGCAUCGUGCUGGCGCUCUUCUGGGUCGCCUUCCGCGCAUACCAGGUGCUGUCGCAGCCCGUCGAGAAGCUGGUGCAGGUGCUGGGGCUCGAGGUGCCCGUGGCCCCGCUGGUGUCGCUGGCCGGCAUCAAGGCCGACGGCGUGCUGCUGCACUGGAAGUCGCCCGAGCGCGCCUCGGUGCUCAAGUACGUGCUGCGCAUCAACGGCAUCGACGUCGGCGAGCUCGCCCCGCACGACACCUCGGCCACGGUCGAGAACCUGCAGCCCGACCGCCACUACACCAUCCGCGUCGUGACCUUCAACUCGUCCAACUUCCAGGCCCCGAGCGUGCCCGUCCGCCUGCGCACCCUGCCCGCCGACUCGGACCAGUACUACGCCCCGGCCCCGCCCGCCCCGCCCGCCGACGACGAUGCGCAUCCCGCGCCCAUCGUGCGCCCGAACAAGACGCUGGCCGACGUCGCCACGCCCUUUGUCGCCCCCGCCAUGGCCCGCGAGCACAGCAACAGCACCUCGCGCGCCCGCCGCCCCGACGUCGCCCGCCGCGCCUCGCCCGCCUCGCAGACCCCCGACGACCGCGACCCCGCCGACCCCAGCGACUCCAUCCGCGCCCUGACCGAGCGCCUGGACGCCCUGCGCCGCGAGCUCGACGACAUGGAGCGCCAGGCCGCCGACGAGGACCAGGACUUUGCCACCCAGAAGCUGGUGCUGAUCGACAAGCGGGAUGAGAAAAAGGCCGCCCUGAAGGAGAAGGAGGACGCGAGCCGCGACCUGCGCAAGGAGGUCGCCACGCUUGAGCGCCAGAGCGCCGCCGCGCAGACCCGCCGCACCAACCAGGAGCGCGUCUUCCGCCAGAAGGAGGCCGAGCGCAACAAGAUGAAGGACGACAUCGCCAAGUGGACCCGCGAGUCGGUCGAGCUGCGCGAGAUGGCCGCCAACAUCAAGACCGAGCAGGACGAGUACCGCGCCGCCUCGGAGAAGCGCAUUCAGGCCGUCAAGGACAAGUACGAGGAGGAGAUGCAGGCCAACCGCGUGCUGGAAGACGCCGUGCGCGAGAAGGGCAUCCAGAUCAAGGCCCUGGAGGAGGAGCGCCAGCAGCUGGAAGACGGCCAAGAGGGCGGCGAGGCUCCGGAUGGCACCGACAACGCCGAGCGCGAGGAGGACAACCGCUGGAAGAUGACGCUGGGGUUGCUGCAGCAGCAGUACGCCCAGGCCUGGCAGCUGUUCACCGAGGCCGACCGCGCGAACCAGGAGGUGUCGAGCCGCCUGCAGUUCCUGCAGCAGCGCCGCAUGAGCCAGCCGCAGCUGUACGACGACCCCAGUGUCCCCCGCGUUGGGCCUGUCAGACGCAACAGCCACCGCCAGCGCCCGCUCAGCAUGCGCGAGGGCAUGCUCAACGCCCCCGGCGGCUUUGUGCAGACCUCGUCCGCGCCCUUCAACAGCAUGACCGUGUCGUCGUCCCCCCCGUUCGCUUCCGUCACUCCUUAUUUCAACCCCGUCAACGGCAUGGCGCUCCCCCCGCGCGGCCACGGACACACCAUCUCCAUCUCGCAGAUGUCUCAGGCCGAUCUCGAGUCGCUGACCGGCGGCGCGCCCAUGAGCCCUACUGCCGGCGCUCUGCUUCCCGCGGGCCUGUUCGGUGACGAUCUGGGCCUCACUGAUAACGAGGACGACGACCUCAUCGGCCCGCCCCGCUUGUCCUCGCUCGAGCCGUCGCCCAACAUGCGCAACGUCCUCCCGGGGCUUGGACAGCUUGGCCAGGUCGACCCCUCCACGCCCGUCUCGCCACCGCAGAGCCGCUCUCCCAGCGUCUUCGCAAGCCCACGCGAAAGCGGCCAGCUGCAGUUCUAUCCGAAUCCCGAGAACAUCGACCCCGACAAGCGCUCUAUCCAGUCUGCGUCGAGCUCGUUUAUGAACUCUCAGAGCAGGUUCGGCGGGCUCUUCGGGCUGAACAGGCAGCGUGGCAAGACCAUCUCCGGACAGGGGCCCGCGCUGGGUUCUUUAAAGCCCUCCCAGAGCCAGUCUCUCCCGCGACAGGAAUUUGGCCUCGACUCGGCGGCGUUGCGACGUCGCGGCAGUACCGAAGGUGCCUGGUACGACUCGUUCAUGCGAGCCAAGACCCAGCCCGUGGAGCCGUCCAGCAGCCCCAAGCAUGUAGCGACCCGCAAGCGCACGUUCAACAUGUUCGGCACCAAGAACGACCCCUGGCUGUCGUCCAUCCUAGGCUCAGACAGGCCGCCCUCCCCGCGUCAGGGCUCGACCAAGUCCGGUGAAGCCAUGGCCCUGCCGCGUCCCUCCACCGAGAGCCAGACGAGGUUUGGCUGGGGCCUGGACUCGUUUGGCGCGAGAAGCAGCCCGCUCGGGGUGGACUGGAGCGUGAACAACACCAACACGUCGUCGUGGUCUCGGAUGCCGUCACGUCGGCCGUCUAUACAGCACGGGUCGACAACUAACCUAGCCAUGAACGACGACUCCAUGCACGACGACAUCCUGGACUUCCCAUCCAACUUCCGCUCGCCGAUGCAGGCGCCUAUCGGAACCCGGCCGCAAUCGUCUGCCUCGCACAUGCCGCCUCGCGACAUCCCGCCGAUCCCCGGAACGCCCCCAACAGCGCUCGAUCCCACCGCAGAGACCUUCACCAUGUUCGGCCUGAAGAAGUCGGAGGAGGACAAGGCAAAGCGGGCGGCCGAGAAGGAGGCCAAGAAGGCCGAAAAGGCCGAGAAGAAGGAGAAGAACAAGGCCGAGAAGUCAAAGGGCAAAGACAAGCAGGUCGCGUUCGAGUCGGCCGACGGCAGCCACCCCACCUCUCCCCACGAGAUGUUCUCCCGCCCCUCGCGCGACACGCCGUCCAUCAUCUCCACCGCCGACGCCUCGGAAGCGUCGCCGCGCGAGUCGCUCGAGCGCAGCGUCUCGCAGGCCGCGUCCGACCACGCCGGCUCCAUCGGCAAGGAGUCGUUCAUGCAGAAGCUCACCCGCAAGGGCAGCACCAGCCAGUUCCUCUCCUUCGGCAAGAAGUCGUCGCUGUUUGCCAAGAAGGGCGACGUGCCCAGCACGCCUGACGAGGCCGAGGAGGACUCCAGCGGCUUCUUCGGCCUCGGCCGCAGCACGGAGAGCAUCAGCACGCACAACUCGCCCAGCAUCGGCACGCCCAAGGACAAGAGCAGCGCGCUGAGCUGGGGCUCGAUCAAGCGUAUGGGCCGCAAGGACAAGACGCCGAGUCUGCACGAGAGCAUUGCGAGCGAGGCGACGGGCGAUGAGGAGCAGCGCGAGGAUGCAGUGGAGGGGCUGGGGCUGAAGGUGUAGUUAAUAAUUAUUCUUAUAUUGGUUCCA